AUGUCUUCUGGAGAGUUGCUCAAGGAUUUCUUCGAAUUCUUUUCUGAGGAGUUUGACUGGCAAGAGGAAAUCGUAUCUGUGCGCGAAGGCGAGAGGAAGACCAUAGACGCUCCUUGCUUUGCGAAUCUCUGGGGAAGAGCGAGGAAAGCUGGCCUGCACGUUGAGGAUCCUAUUGAAUUGGGAAGAAACCUGAACAGUGCCGUGAGCAGUGCGACGGUGGACCAUUUGCGCAUGAUAAUCAAGGAGACGGCAGCCAAGGCUCGUGCAAGGCAGGACUUGGAAGAACUGAUUUGCGUAGACGGCAGCCCAUUGCCGAAAGCCGGUUCCUGCAAAACGCCGGAGCGACUCCAAGCAGCGACCCACAUGGAGUUACCCACGCUGGAAAGAUCCGAGUCCGGUUGUGACUGCAUGGUGUGUGGACGCAAGUUCUCCGGUGUGUGGGUUCUUCGGCAACAUCAGGUGGACACCGGGCAUUUUAACACAGACGACCCGCAACAGCUCCUGUCACGGCGGGAGCGGGAUGCUGCAGCCGUCGCAGAGGCUUUCGACAGACUGGAUCUUGCCAUGUCAGAGGAGUGA